AUGUCUUCCGAAUCGUCUGAGAUACCUUCAAUUAAGGCGAAAAUUCAUUUGUUUAUUCGAUUUCCAUUGUUUAACAUUGUAGUUGUUGCUGAAAAAGUGAACUUACCGAAAGAUGUAUCAAAAUCGACAGUUGAUCUUAAUGAUUCCAAUUCCUCUGACAUACCUUCAGCUGAGAAAUUUGGAGAUUUUGAUGGAAAAGUCAAUCCACAUUCAGAUGUAUUAAAAUCGAAAUGUCACUCUGACUCUGAUAGUGUUGAAAUAAUCAACUUUAGUGUUCACUUCAGUCCCUACAAAUCCCAGUUGGAGAGGGUAAUUUCGGAAGAGGUAUCUUUAAUUGCCAAAGAAGAGGAGAAGUUGUCAAAAAAAGAAAAAAGGAAGUUGGCUUUGUUAUGUUGGAAGUGGGAAGAAGUUGUAGAUCUAUAUGAAGAUGAAGAAUUGGGUGUAGAUCUACCAUUCAUACCAGUGAAAAAGAAAGUGAAAGUUUCCAUUCAAUCAAGAAAUCGAGUCAUGAAACUUUAUGAUGAAUCAGAUGUUGAUGAGUGA